AUGACUUUACAACAUGGUUUGCAGCAGCACACAGUUUUAGUUACACAACAUUUUGGACCGCAGCAGCAACAAUCACAACAACAAGGAUCACAACAGCAUGGAUCACAGCAUGAACCACAACCACAACCGCAACCACAUCUACAUCCACAACCGCAUCCACAACCACAACCACAACCACAUCCACAACCGCAUCCGCAACCACAACCACAACCACAGCCUGGCAUAUUAAUAGUAAUAAUGUAG